AUGGUACAAGUAGUGAAUGUUGACGGAACACGUAUCUGGGCUCGAGCUUUACUGGAUGGAGGUUCACAGAUCAACAUUGUUACGGAACGAUUGGUACAGCUGUUGAGAGUCCAGAAGAGGAACGAGCAUCAUCUGCUUGGUGGAAUAGGGAAGGCACAGCAUUCGUCUCAUCAUUCUGUGAGCCUUGCUAUCCACUCUCACUGCUCUACCUUCAAGGCAAGCUGGAAGUUCCAUGUGCUGCGAGAAGUGACGUGGGACCAGCCAGCACAUGCAGUCAAUCCGGAAGGAUUGAACCUACCGAAGGGAGUGACGUUGGCGGAUCCUCAUUUCUAUGAGCCAGGGCCAAUUGAUCUACUUAUUGGGCGAGAAGGUUACAACGAUCUACUUUUGGGUAACAUUCUUCGGUUGAAUAGCCCAAAACUACUACUGCAAAACACGGAGCUGGGUUGGAUUGUCUCAGGUCAGGUAAGCCAAGGUCUAACACACUCUUCCUUAGUGCUCAACGUCAUGACGCUGAAUGACCAACUAAGCCGGUUUUGGGAACUGGAAGGUUGCUACUCCCCUGCGAUGUUAUCCGUCGAGGAAGCUGAGUGUGAGGCAGCAUUUGUACAAACAACUUCACGAGACCACGAAGGCCGUUUCGUGGUAGCCUUACCAACGCGUACUGAAAGGCUUAAUCAACUAGGUGACUCUUAUGAAGCUGCAUCACGGCGGCUACAAUCGCUCUGUAGGCGAUUAAAUAUCGACUCGAAAUUGAAGCAGGAAUAUUCUAAAUUCCUACAGGAGUAUCUCGAUCUAGGACACAUGGAAGAAAUUCCAUCUGACCGCCAAGACAUUGGAAAGACGUAUUACAUGCCGCAUCAUUGUGUAGUACGACCCGACAGCCUCACGACUAAGCUAAGAGUCGUAUUUGAUGCAUCCAGUUCUACGGAUACAGGGGUAUCCCUCAACGAUGCACUGAUGGUGGGACCUUCAGUGCAAGAUGAUCUUUUGUCGUUGUUACUCCGAUUUAGAGUACCCAGAUUUGCGAUUUUGGCUGACAUUGAAAAAAUGUAUCGCCAAAUUUGGGUGAAGGAAUCCGAUCGUCCACUUCAACGCAUCCUGUGGAAAGAAUCUGCUGAUGAUAGAAUUCGCAUCUAUCAGCUGAAAACCGUUACGUACGGCACAGCCUGCGCACCUUACUUGGCCACCCGUUGUCUGCAAGCGUUGGCUAAGGAAGGAGAAACAAGAUAUCCCAGGGCAUCCAAGGUCCUCGAGCAAGAUUUUUACAUGGAUGACAUGAUCACCGGUGUGGAAUCUGUUGAAGAUGGCCGGAUUAUUUGCAGCGAAAUAAAUCAGCUUCUACAAUCGGCAGGAUUUCACCUGCGCAAAUGGGCUUCAAACUCGUCUGAGUUACUGGAGCAAAUACCAGCUGAACUACAAAUCAAGGAGAUGUAUGAGCUGUUCCAGAAACAACAACAUCAGGAUGCUGUUACAACUUACUGCGGAACGGAAGGGAUCACCUUCAACUUCAUCCCUCCGCGGUCACCCCAUUUCGGUGGGAUCUGGGAGGCCGCAGUGAAGUCGCUGAAACGGCAUCUCAAGGCUACGAUAGGAUCCAGUAUCUUGCGGCAAGACGACCUGGAACCUAUCUUAGUUCAAGUGGAGGCUUGUUUGAACUCGCGACCGUUAACUGCACUUUCCAACGAUCCAGAGGACCUGGAAAUUCUGACACCUGGUCAUUUUUUGAUUCAACGGGCGCUUACAUCGGUCCCUGAGCCAUCUUAUGCUGAGAUUCCAGGCAACCGCCUGGACCGCUAUCAACAAUUGCAGGAGUAUGUUCGGCAGAUUUGGAAGCGAUGGAAUCGAGACUACUUGUCUGGUUUGCAUCCGCGUACCCGGUGGACUUCAAGGCGAGACAACGUUCGGGAGGGCACUAUGGUCCUGCUGAAGGAGGACAACCUUCCCCCUCUAAAAUGGCGCUUCGGCCGAGUGCUGAAGAUUUAUCCUGGUGAUGACGGCUUGGUUCGAGUGGUUGAUGUGAAAACGAAGGAUGGAAUUUACAGAAGAGCCAUCACCAAGAUCUGUAUACUGCCCGGACAGAAGGAAGAAAGAGAGGUUUCGUAA